AUGGCCAAAUGGAGGCGUCUCAAUUGGUUCCACUAUCCCGAACCGGGAAUCUCCUUCACGUACGAGGACUGGAAGCUGGGCAAGACCGCAAAUCCGAUCCUCGGUCCGUGGAACCUCGAAGACCAGUUGUUCAAACCGCCGCGCGAUCACGAUUACUACCAGGUGUCGCUCGAGAAGCAGUUCCGGGCCCAUGGGCUGCAGAUCAUUGUGCGGGUGUUCAGCAUCGACCUGACGCCCGAUGCGCCUCGUUAUCUUGGGGAGGACGAGUUCCACGUGGAUGGCAUGCUCAACGAACACAUCGUCGCCACCGCGGGCUAUUCAUCCACUAGAGGAAAGUGGAGAGUUCUAGAGUAA